GCUGACUCAAGCCUCAGUUUCCCCAGCGGGUCUGGGAGCCAAGGAAGCAGACCGGUGCCACCUUAAGGCGGGUCCCGCCCGCGGCUCCCAGCCGAGCCCCGCGGAGGGAGGCGGCUCCACAGCCACCGCGGCCACCGGCCACCAGCGCCGACCCCGGCGGCGGCCCGGACCUGCAGCGGGCGCGGGUUGCAGCUGCCCCCGCCCGCCCGGGCUGGACGAGCGACCGGGGCGAGCUGGCGGGAGCUCCACCUCUGCACCCCAGCCACAUCCCCAAGCCUCCACGAAGCUGGGGGGCCCCUUCUCCCACCUCUCCAUCAGCAGGAUGUACCCCCAGGGAAGGCACCCGACCCCGCUGCAGUCCGGCCAGCCUUUCAAGUUCUCAGUCCUGGAAAUCUGUGACCGGAUCAAAGAGGAAUUCCAGUUUCUCCAAGCCCAGUACCACAGCCUCAAGCUGGAGUGUGAGAAGCUGGCCAGCGAGAAGACAGAGAUGCAGCGGCAUUACGUGAUGUACUACGAGAUGUCCUACGGCCUCAACAUUGAAAUGCACAAACAGGCUGAAAUUGUGAAACGGCUCAGUGCGAUCUGCGCCCAGAUGGUCCCGUUCCUCACACAGGAGCAUCAGCAGCAGGUUCUCCAGGCCGUGGACCGAGCCAAGCAGGUGACCGUGGGGGAACUGAACAGCCUCCUGGGGCAGCAGAAUCAGCUGCAGCCGCUGUCGCACGCGCCCCCCGCACCUCUCACCCCGCGCCCAGCCGGCCUGGUGGGCGCGGGCUCGGGGCUGCUGGCCCUGUCCGGGGCGCUGGCUGCGCAGGCCCAGCUGGCGGCGGCGGCCAAGGAAGACCGCGUGGGUGUGGACGCGGAGGGGUCCAGAGUGGACAGAGCGGCGAGCAGGAGUGCGUCCCCCUCCCCUCCGGAGAGUCUGGUGGAAGAGGAGCAUCCUAGCAGCCGAGGUGGCAAUGGGAAGCAGCAGAGAGCAGAAGACAAGGAUCUCUCAGGACCUUAUGAAAGUGAUGAAGACAAAAGCGAUUAUAACCUGGUGGUGGAUGAGGACCAGCCCUCAGAGCCGCCCAGCCCUGCGGCCACCCCCUGUGGGAAGGCGCCCCUCUGCAUUCCUGCCCGCAGGGACCUGGCGGACAGCCCAGCCUCUUUGGCCUCCAGCUUGGGCUCACCACUGCCCAGAAGCAAAGACCUAGCCCUGAAUGAUCUCCCCACAGGGACUCCUGCCUCCAGGUCAUGUGGUCCCUCUCCACCCCAGGACGCAUCCACCCCAGGGCCCAGCUCCGCGGGUCACCUCUGUCAGCUGGCGGCUCAGCCAGCGCCGUCCACAGACAGCAUUGCCCUGAGGAGCCCCCUGACCCUGUCCAGCCCCUUCACCUCGUCCUUCAGCCUGGGCUCCCACGGCACCCUCAACGGGGACCUCUCCAUGCCCGGCUCCUAUGUCAGCCUUCACCUGUCCCCCCAGGUCAGCAGCUCUGUCGUGUACGGACGCUCACCCCUGAUGGCAUUUGAGUCACACCCGCAUCUCCGAGGCUCGUCCAUCUCCUUGCCUGGCAUCCCCGGGGCGAAGCCGGCCUACUCCUUCCACGUGUCUGCGGACGGCCAGAUGCAGCCUGUGCCCUUCCCAUCGGAUGCGUUGGUGGGCACCGGCAUCCCCCGGCACGCGCGGCAGCUGCACACGCUGGCCCACGGCGAGGUGGUGUGCGCCGUCACCAUCAGUGGCUCCACGCAGCACGUGUACACGGGCGGCAAAGGCUGCGUGAAGGUGUGGGACGUGGGCCAGCCGGGGAGCAAGACACCAGUGGCUCAGCUGGAUUGCCUGAACCGCGACAACUACAUCCGCUCCUGCAAGCUGCUGCCCGACGGGCAGAGUCUGAUUGUGGGCGGCGAAGCCAGCACCCUGUCCAUCUGGGACCUGGCAGCACCCACGCCGCGCAUCAAGGCGGAGCUGACCUCGUCCGCCCCGGCCUGCUAUGCGCUGGCCGUCAGCCCCGACGCCAAGGUCUGCUUCUCCUGCUGCAGCGAUGGCAACAUCGUGGUCUGGGACCUGCAGAACCAGGCUAUGGUCAGGCAGUUCCAGGGCCACACGGACGGGGCCAGCUGCAUAGACAUCUCGGACUACGGGACCCGGCUGUGGACUGGGGGCCUGGACAACACUGUGCGCUGCUGGGACCUGCGUGAGGGCCGCCAGCUUCAGCAACACGACUUCAGCUCCCAGAUUUUCUCGCUGGGCCACUGCCCCAACCAGGACUGGCUGGCCGUCGGGAUGGAGAGCAGUCACGUGGAGGUGCUGCACGUUCGCAAACCUGAGAAGUACCAGCUACGCCUGCACGAGAGCUGCGUGCUGUCACUCAAAUUCGCCUCCUGUGGACGCUGGUUUGUGAGCACAGGCAAAGACAACUUGCUCAACGCCUGGAGGACGCCCUACGGGGCCAGCAUUUUUCAGUCCAAAGAGUCAUCUUCUGUGUUGAGCUGCGACAUCUCCAGGAAUAACAAAUACAUCGUGACAGGCUCAGGGGACAAGAAGGCCACCGUGUACGAGGUGGUGUACUGAGCCCAUCUGCCUGCAUCCCCAGGUCACCUGCCUGAGGACGGCCACUGUCCACUCUGCUCAUACCCCGGUUCCCUUCCUCCUGGCUGGGUGGGGCUGGAGGCCCUGGGGAAAUAUAACUGUAUUUAUCGA